AGCAUUCGAGACUGCGAAAAUCAUGUCAAGAUUGCUUUGUUUAUACAAAUCUUUAUCCGAUUCUGAGAUUUCAAAGCUCAAAACAGAGAUGAAGUCUCGUGGUGUGGCUUAUUUGAAUUCGAAAGACGAAGGAUUUUUAUUAAGCCUUGCUUGUGCUGAGAGGCUUGAAGAUCUUGAUAAAGCUGCUGCAGCCGUAGCACGAUUAGGCCAUAAAUGCAAUGAUUUUGGCCUAAAUCGCUUUGAUCUUGUAUAUACGGAUCUGAAGUUAGGGAUAAUAGAUUUUGGAAAACUUGUAUACGGGUCGAAAGAGAUUGAAAAAAGAGUUGACAAAAUGGAGAAACUGAUCAAUGCAACGUCAGGAUUAUACGCGGCGUUGGAGAAUCUAACAGAAUUGGAGAUAUCGGAACGGAAGAUGAAACAAUGGAAGGAAAGAAAGGCAUCAGGGCAAUUGCAAAAAGUUAAUUUAGACAUGUUUAAUCAGAGACUUGAACAACAAAGGAAACAAGUUCGACAAUUCAGGGAGAUUUCUUUGUGGAGUCAAACGUUUGAUAAAAGUGUUGGUCACAUGGCACGUAUUGUUUGUAUAAUAUAUGCUCGAAUUUGCCUUGUUUUCGGGCCUUAUAUCCCUGUUCUUCCAUUUCUUUCAUUGCGGAACAUGCGUUCUUCUCAACAGAAAGAGAUUCUCAAAGUCCAACCUGAGAAUUGUCUGAUUGAACCUAUAAGGGAACAAAUUAUUUCGCGGUCCGGGCCUAUCCCCACGACGUCGAAGCCUACAUUGGUUCGAUUUUAUAGUCGAAAAUCGAUACUUUUCCUAUGUGAAGACGAAGGUUUUGGGUCGGAAAAGUUGGCGAAAAACAACAGGGUGUUUCAUGCAGCGGGGCCUGCGACUGUUGGAGGUUCAGGGCUCGCGUUACGUUAUGCUAAUGUGAUCACAUUAGUAGAGAAGUAUUCGAAUCCAUCUGAAGCUGUAGACGUUCAUUCACGAGAAAAUUUGUACCAAAUGUUGCCUGGGAAUUUGAAGAAAACUGUGAGGGCAAAAUUGAGCAAGAAUUUGAAGUGUAUGGAUGAGGACGAGUCGUUGGCUGAAGGGUGGAGGGAUGCUUUGAAGCAUAUAAUGGAAUGGUUAGCGCCAAUGGCUCAUAACACGAUAAAUUGGCAACUCGAAAGGAAUUUGGAGAAGACAAAGUUCGAUAUCAAGCCUUCUGUUUUGUUGCUGCAGACGCUGCAUUAUUCGGAUAAAGAGAAGACGGAAGCUGCCAUUGCUGAUAUUUUAGUCGGUUUGAGUUGCAUUUGCAAGUGUGAGAAUCGACAAUGGAGUGAAUCGUGAUUCGUGGUUCUUGGAAAAACUGGUGAUUUUUUGAAUCAUAUAGUUAGACCAUGUUACAUAUUAGCUAGGAUUCAUUGGGUUGUGGAAGAGAAAUCAUAUUUUUUAUACAAAUACUAUUUCUUGAUUUAGUUUUUCCAAUUUUCCUAAUUCUUCUUAGCAGGAUACUAAAACAGUUUCAUGCUGAGUAUGUCUUUAACUGAUCUCUUUAUUUGCCCAGAUUUUGAUGUUUGAAUAA